GGGCAGUAGAAGUUGAUAUAACCGCCAUCUUGAAAAGUGUCCUCUGAUGGUCUACCUUUUCGCGCCUGUCAGAAUCAGUUGUAAACAGGUUAUUGUGUUCACUGAAUUCGCGAGGUGAUCGCGUUUUAAUUUCGGUAACAUUUUUAUUUAAGAGGUUGUCUAGCUUCAUGUCGGGGACUCGCCUUAAACCGCUCUUAAACGGUGUGUGUUAAUUGUUGGGCUGUGGAAGAGGUAUAUUUCUGCUGCAUGUGUCCUGUUCUUAAGGAUCUCUCGUCUCUGCUGACCGUGGUGCCUGUAAUGGGCCAGAAGUCCCAAAGAGCACAAGAAUUAUUUUAUUUUUAAUCAGAAUUUUUACCUUCGGGGCGCUGCUUCGUUCAGGUAAAGAUAGCAUAUCAUAAGUCUACCCCAACUAUGCACAGUGAUUUGAGAGGGAACUUCGAAGAAUGGUCAAGUUCCCAUGGCACCAUGUUUUGGAAGUUUGAUCUGCACACAACGUCCCACAUUGACACGCUCCUUGAGAAGGAGGAUGUAACCCUGGUGGAGGUUAUGGAUGAGGAAGAUGUCCUCCAGGAAUGCAAGGCCCAGAACCAUAAACUUGUGGAGUUCUUGUUGCGCCCACAAUGCAUGGAGGACCUGGUGAUUUACAUUACCCAGGAACCCAGUGAUGAUGUGGAGGAAAAGAUUAAAUACAAGUACCCCAACAUAUCUUGUGAGUUGCUGACGUCUGACGUUGGGCAGAUCAAUGACCGCCUGGGAGAAGAUGAGGGGCUGUUGAUGAAGCUCUAUGGCUUCCUACAGAAUGAGUCCCCCCUCAAUCCGUUACUGGCCAGUUUCUUCAGCAAGGUCCUCAGCAUUCUUAUUGGCCGCAAGCCCGAGCAGAUUGUGGAGUUUCUUCGAAAGAGGGAGGACUUUGUGGAUCUCAUGAUCAAACACAUAGGCACCUCCGCCAUCAUGGACCUGCUGCUGAGGAUGCUUACCUGCAUUGAGCCCCAGCAGCUUAGACAAGAUGUUUUAAAUUGGCUUAAUGAGGAGAAAGUCAUCCAGCGUCUGGUGGACAUGGUACAGCCAUCUCAGGAUGAAGAUAGGCACUCAAACGCGUCUCAGUCUCUGUGUGAGAUCAUCCGGCUCAGCAGAGAUCAGAUGUUCCAGGUGCAGGGCUGCUCAGAGCCGGACCCUUUGCUGGCCACACUGGAAAAGCAGGAGACAUUGGAUCAGCUGCUGUCCAACAUCUUUGAUAAGGAGAAGAACGAGUCGGCCAUUGUCAGCGUCAUCCAGAUUCUGCUAACACUCUUUGAAACACGGAGACCUGCCUUUGAGGGCCACCUAGAGAUCUGUCCUCCUGGCAUGAACCACCCCUCCUUCUCAGUCAACCAGAGCAUCCUGGAGGCUGUCAAGCCUCGACUGAAAGACUUCCACCAGCUGCUCCUGGACCCUCCCAAGAAAACUGUCAUGAAAACCACUUGGGGAGUCCUGGACCCUCCGGUUGGCAACACUCGCCUCAAUGUGGUGCGACUGGUGGCCAGCCUCUUGCAGACCAACACGCAUAUCAUAAACACGGAGCUGAUCAACCUCAACACUCUAGGAGUCAUACUUGAUAUGUACUUUAAAUACAUAUGGAAUAACUUCUUGCACAUACAAGUAGAAAUCUGCACUGCGAUGAUCUUAGCAAUGCCUCCUGCCCAAAGUGAAACUCCUGAGAUUAACAGAGAGCAAGACCAAGAGCCCGUCAGGGAAAACCACCUCAUCAAACAUCUCUUUCAGAAGUGCCAGUUACUACAGAGAAUCUUGGAUGCAUGGGGCUCUAAUGACAAGGAACAGGCCGAGGGUGGACGUCGAAGAGGCUAUAUGGGCCACCUAACCAGAAUAGCCAACUCUAUUGUGCACAACGGUGACAAGGGCCCCAAUGGGGCUCAGAUCCAGCAGCUCAUCUCAGAGUUUCCAGAGGAGGACCGAGAUAGAUGGGAGGCCUUCACUUCUGUCCAACUAGCAGACACAAAUAAGAUUAACACUGUAGACUUGGUUAGCACAAACCAUAUUCACUCAUCCAGCGACGAUGAGGUAGAUUUUAAGGACAGUGGAUUCCACCAGGACUCUUCCCUGCAACAAGCCUUUUCUGAUUAUCAGAUGCAACAAAUGACGUCCAAUUUUAUUGAGCAGUUUGGCUUCAAUGACGAAGAGUUUGCAGAUCAGGAUGAUGUCGUGGAUAUUCCCUUCGAUAGAAUAUCAGACAUCAACUUUUCCUUGAAUACCAAUGAAAGUGCAAAUAUAGCGCUGUUUGAGGCCUGCUGUAAGGAAAAGAUCCAGCAGUUUGAAGACACUGGCUCUGAUGAGGAGGACAUUUGGGAUGAGAAGGAUGUCACUUUUGCCCCCGAAGCACAGCGACGUCCUCGGAGUUCUGGUAGCACUGACAGUGAGGAGAGCACAGAUUCCGAGGAGGAGGAUGUGAAGCGCGACCCCUUUGAGCCCAGCAGCUCCACGACAGACGACAGGAUGGAGGUGGACACAGGUCCCGUGUGGACCGCCAACUUUGACGACAUUCCCAUGGAAACAGGGAACUCUGCGGGGGUUGCCGGAGCUGCCCAAUCGUCCCCCACGGCGGCCAUGCCUGAGCCCACUGGCUGGAGCUCGCCUGCUGCUGCCCCCACAGCUCCCGACAGAGACUCGGGCGGAUGGGCUGACUUCGCUGGCUUCCCUCCCUCAGUCAGCCCCAAAGACCCGCUGAGAAGCAGCUCGCCCGUGGCCAUGGAGACGAGCCUGGAGACGGGGGACCCACUGGGUGUGAACGCACCCAUGCAGUCCGAAGGGGCAGAGCAGUGGCCUGAAGAAGCUGUCCAGUCUGGGCCCAAAGCUGCGUCUGCGCCUGCGUCUGCGGCCGCUCCAGACGCCGAGGAGGAGCCCACCGGGGACCGUGUCACAGAGACGGUCUCUAACGGCUCUAUGAAGGAGACGCUCAGCCUUACUGUAGAUGCCAAAACUGAAACUGCUGUUUUCAAGAGAGUGUUGAAAUCUUAUCGUAAGGAAGAGAAUUUACCUACCUCUGAAGAUGCAUCCGCCAAGUACGUUGUAGGUGAGAGUGGCGAAUAUAAGAGCACCUGUGCUGCAGCGCAGCCUGUUAGCAACUGUCAGAAACCAGGCGCAACUUGCGUAGAAGAGAAGGCAAAAGCUCAGAGCGAGGCCAUCAAUGGUCCCCUUGAAGAAGCACCAGUCAAGGAUGAAGCCAAAACUGAGCAGUGUGUGCCCUCACCAGACGCAGCAGCGAAUGGGCCGGUGUGAUGUGGCACUACUAUGCUUGCCUGCUCCUGCCCACGCUCGCAUUCUCCAGAAGGGGUUUGCCAGGAGAGGGCAGUGCCAGCCUGGGAGCCUGAGCAGCAGCAGGAGCCAUCAACCUCUCCUCUUCCUCUUCCUCUCCUCCCCAAGCCCCCUUCACCAGAUCAGGACCAGCAAUAUUCAUAUUAGACAGUUGUACAGAGAGUUUGAACUGUAUGGAGAGAAACAUACUCUAAUUUUUUUUCCUUUUUUUUUUCUCGCAUUCAUUUAUAAACUAUUGUUCUUAUGAGGUGAUCUGUCUAUCUUGCCACUCAAAGUUAAUAGUAAAUGUUGCUAUAGUUAAAAUGAUUGUAUGAAUAAAAUAUUUUAUAAAAAGAAAA